AUGGCUACCAUGGAAAAGCGUGAUUCCGUGGAGCUCGUCGAGAAUGGCUCGGUUCUCGCAACGGGAGGCGGUACCGCAGAGAUCAUGCAGAAUCCAGACGAUCCCAUGACAUGGAGUUGGCUCCAGAAACACAGUAUUCUGGCUUGUAUCUCCUUACUCGGCGGAAUUGGUACCUAUGCUGGUUUAUUCAUUGUUCCCGCUUACGGCUUAAUGUCCAUGCAAUUCCAAAAGUCCGUCACAGAAGUCUCAUAUCUGGUCGGGAUCUACAUAUUGGUGCUCGGUGCCGGGCCUCUGAUUUGGAACCCCUUCGCGCAGACCCAUGGCCGGAGACCUGUGUAUAUCGCAUCAACAGCAGUGGCACUUGGAGGCGCCAUCUGGGGUGCUUGUGCGCGGUCAUACGGGUCCAUGGCUGGUGCUCGUGUUCUUCUAGCAUUCGGUCUAAGCGCCGUGCAUGCGCUCGGAGGUAUCACUGUCGCAGACAUAUUUCCCAGGGAAGUGAGAGGUGAGAAGAUAGGAUGGUGGACACUCCUGACUACACUGGGACCAUUCCUGGGGCCCAUUCUCGCUGCGUACAUCGUCCAGGGCACGGGCAACUGGUAUUGGAUAUUCGGACAUCUCGCCAUCGCUUUGGGUGUGAUUUUGAUCUAUAUGUUUGUCCUGCGCAUUGGCCACCUUUGCGAAUACUUAAAGGCUUACAAGGUAAACAGCAUCUUGUUCGUCCCAGAGACCCUGUAUUUCCAGGGCAAUAUCCAAGAACAACACCGAGCGCGGAGGCUCACGAUCAGACUCAAGCCGUUCAAACACGCCGAAGUCCCAAAAUGGUCCACAGCCUUCUUUAGACCCCUCAUCAUGCUCCGCUACCCAGCAUGUUGGCUCCCCGCCUUCUGGUUCGCAUGGACGUUCUCGUGGUCCGUCGGUAUUGGCACCAUCAUCACCAUCCUGUUUCGGCGAAACUACCACCUCACGGCGCCCAAUGUCAAUCUCGUCUACAUCGCGCCUCUCGUCGGAGCAGUACUGGGCGAGCUGGCCGGGGGUCCCUUCAGCGACUUUGUGGUGCAGCAGACGACGAGACGGAACCAGGGGCAGAGGCGCCCAGAGAUGCGGCUUCAUGCCAUGUAUCCGGCUCUCGUUUGUAUAGUCGUUGGGCUUGUUGUGUUUGGGGUGACACUGCAACAGGAGAGACACUACAUCAUACCGCUGGUAGGACUCGGAAUUUUCAUCUUCGGGAUGCAGGCCUCCACGACUGUUGUCUUCACGUACCCAGUCGAUUGCUACCUCGCCCAAGGCGCCGACGCUCUAGCCCUGAUCGGCGGCCUGAAGAACGUAGUCUCCUUCGCGAUCCCCUUCUAUAUCAACCCCAUGGUGGACUCGAUCGGGAUACAAACUACCUUCGUCGCGAUGGCCGUGAUCAGCCUGGGGCUAUAUUUCGUCUUCGUCUUCCCGCUCAUCUUCUGCGGGGAACGCCUACGUGAGUGGGCCGGCCAGCCGGGCUGGAAUCGGUCCAUGGUCCGGCCACCGGCUGCUGGGGUCGAUGUAAAUGAGGGGCGGGCGCGUUGA